GAGCCUUCCGGCUUACCCUGUGCCCGCCCGCCGCCCCGCGGACAGCCCCGCCGGCUCGCCCAGGAGCCGCGCGCGCCUCCCAGGUCGGGCAUGCCCCGCUACGAGCUGGCUUUGAUCCUGAAAGCCAUGCAGCGGCCGGAGACGGCCGCUGCCCUGAAGCGCACGCUGGAAGCCCUGCUGGACCGGGGGGCCAUCGUGCGGGCCCUGGAGAACCUGGGCGAGCGCGCGCUCCCUUACAAGAUGCGCGCCCACAGCCAGCGGCACAGCCGGGGAGGGUACUUCUUGGUGGACUUCCACGCACCAACCACCAUGGUGGAAAGCAUCAUGGAGCACUUGUCCCGUGACAUCGAUGUGAUCAGACCGAACAUCGUGAAACACCCUCUGACCCAGGAAGUGAAAGAGUGUGCAGGGAUCGUCCCCGUCCCGCUGGAGGAGAAGCUGUACUCCAUGAAGAAGAAGAAGUAACGGAAAUUCACCAGCUUGUAGCCCUGCAUGUCGUUCUCUCGCUUUCGAGCAUCCUGGAUUAAUCAUUGAUGAGCCUGACCUUUCUCUGAGAGUGUCUUACAGGUGGCGUUUGAUUUGUCAGAGGUAUUUUUAGUGCUAGGGCCCCCCACCCCCUCUGCUGGCCCCCUCUGCUGGGGAGCCACUUGCUUAGGGCAACGCUCUGUGACCCGUGGCACCAGGGCCUCCCCCUUGGUGUCAUUUCAUUAUCAUCAGUUCCUUGCCAGUGAGGGUUUGGGGCCCGACAUCAACGCUUGAACACCGUGUGGAAGAGAGCAAACCGUGUGAACACUACCUCGGUUGAUGGAGCUAUUCAGACCGUUCCACCAUGAAAAAAAAAUAACAAAUUGAAGACCACCAUAUUAGGCGAGGAAUAACAU